AUGGCUACUGAUGCCCAGAUCAAGUCCCUCAUGGGAGCUGGCCCUCCGGAGCACUUAGAGAAGUUGUCCUUGUUUCGUUGGGGCAAGAAAAACCCCCCAAAGGACCCCAAAAUCUCUUUCGCUGGCAAAACGAUCCUCGUUACUGGCUCCAAUACCGGUCUCGGAUAUGGAGCAGCCCUGAAGUUUGCUGCGCUUGGUGCCUCGAAGUUGAUCCUCGCUGUUCGCACACCAGCCAAGGGAGAAGAGGCGAAACGGAAGAUCGUCCAGGCGACAAAAUAUGAUGCAGCGAAUAUCAUUGUUAUGCAACUCGAUAUGGCCAGCUACGACUCUGUCAGAGCUUUUGUGAGGGACCUUCGAGUUAAAACCAGUACUCUGGAUGUGGCUCUCCUGAAUGCGGGUAUUGCGCCUCCCAAGUACACCGCCAACCCUACCACGGGUUGGGAAUCAGCCCUGCAAACCAACAUCAUUUCAACCGCCCUACUCGCCAUUCUCAUUAUACCACAGCUGAAGCACACCGCCGUAAAGACUGGUCGACCAUCUCAACUUACACUUACCAGUAGUUAUGGGCACAAGUACGUUGCAGCUAAGGAUGUCCAAACCGCGCCGGGUGAAAGUUUGUUGAAGAAGCUUUCCGCACCAGAAUACUUCAACCCUGAGAAAUGUUAUAAUGCUAUCAAGCUGAUGACCGAGUAUGUGAAACUUGGUCUCGUCAAUAAUUACUCCAAGAAUGCGAAGGGAGAAGUCGAUGUUACAAUCAAUUCUACAUGUCCAGGUUACUGCACGACAGAUUUGGGCCGUGAGUUUCCUUGGUACAUUGCUUUGCCAAUCAAGGUCAUGCAAAUGUACUGUGGUCGAUCUGCCGAGGAGGGAAGUCGUUCGCUGAUCAGUGCUACUUUACUCGAAAAGGUUGGACAUGGCAAGUUCUGGACCAACGAUGUUUUUGUCGAGGGGGGAGACCUUGUUACCAGCGAUGAAGGAAAGAAGAUUCAAGCUCAGGCGUGGAAGGAAAUCCUCGAUAUCUGCAAGAAUGAAUCACCUUGA